AUGCCCGUCUUGAAUAUACGCAUGAAACGGUAUCUCGCCAGAUUGGCAUUGCUAGCUAUCAUAUUUCUCAUUUUUGAUCUGUUCUGGGCUCACUUUCGAGGCUCACCUUCAGAUCCUCUGCAGAGCAGGAAUAAUCAGGGCUAUACACCAUCCAAAACAAAGUCAACUACUCAAGAACGGAUCUUCAUUGCCAGCACGCACUGGAACAACGAGAUCGUGCUGCGGUCUCAUUGGAACACCGCCAUUCUCAACCUAGUCCAAUCCCUAGGAGCCGAGAAUGUCUACGUAUCGGUAGUAGAGAGCGGAAGCUACGACAAUACCAAGGGAGCUCUGAUCGAGUUGGAUUACUACCUCGCACAACUCGGCAUAAACCGCACAAUCAGUCUGAGUGAAGCCUCGCACUUAGAUGCGAUUUCGCGCGAGCCCGAGGAGCAAGAAGAAGGCUGGGUGGAUACGCCGCGUGGCCGGCGCGAGCUGCGCAGGAUUCCUUUCUUAUCACGAGAAAGGAAUGAGAGUCUAAAACCGCUAGCCGGGUUGAAGACGGAGUUUGGGUUGAAGUUUGACAAGAUUUUGUUUUUGAAUGAUGUUGUUUUCACAAACGACGAUUUCUACACAUUGCUCGACACCAACCAUGGCUCGUACGCGGCUGCGUGUGCCUUGGACUUUGCAAAACCGCCCGCCUUUUACGACACUUUUGCCCUGCGCGAUAGCGAGGGCAACGAGGCCAUGAUGCAGACAUGGCCGUAUUUCCGUGGCCGAGCGUCGCGCCUCGCCAUGGAGCGCAACGAGAUAGUUCCUGUCAAGAGCUGCUGGAACAGCAUGGUAAUAAUGGAUUCAACGCCAUUCUACGACAGACUGACCCCGCUACAAUUUCGCGGAAUACCGGACAGUCUGGCCACACACCACUUGGAAGGGUCUGAAUGCUGUCUGAUACACGCAGACAACCCGCUAACCAACCAAAAGGGGGUCUGGCUCAAUCCACAUGUGCGCGUGGCGUACAGUGGCAAAGCGUACGAAGCUGUGCACCCUUCUUCUACUUCUGCAUGGACGACGAGCUGGCAGAGACUGACUGGGAGGUGGGAGAACCGCGUGCGCCGGUGGUUUACCUCUAACGGGCUAAAGUCGCGAAUCGUGUUUAAUCGACUACGAAGCUGGCAAAGGGACACAUACGGGGCUGGGGAAAAGAAGAAGAAGCUUGAGCCGGGAGGGUUUUGCCUGGUUGACGAGACGCACGUCAUUGUCGAUAUUGGGUGGGCGCAUGUAUAA